AUGACCAAGGACAACCACCUGCUAGGAAAGUUCGAGCUUGGCGGAAUCCCUCCUGCCCCUCGUGGACAGCCCCAGAUCGAGGUGACUUUCGAGAUCGACUCGAACGGCAUCCUGAACGUGGGUGCCGAAGAUAAGGGCACGGGCAAGAGCGAGAAAAUCACCAUCACCAAUGACAAGGGAAGGCUGACCGAGGAGCAGAUCGAGAAGAUGAUCCGUGAGGCUGAGGAGUUCGCAGACGAGGACAAGAAGGUCAAGGAGCGCGUGGAUGCCAAGAAUGCCUUCGACGGUUACAUUCACUCCAUGCGGUCUGCCACAGAGGGCUCCGGAGACAAUAAGGGCCUUAGCGAAAAGAUGGAUUCCGAUGAGAAGGAGAAGAUCCUCGAUGCCCUGAAGGAUGGCCAGUCUUGGCUGGACUCCAACCCUGAGGCGGACGCGGAGGAGAUCAAAGAGAAGCACAAGGAGAUCGAGGGCAUCUGCGCUCCCAUCGUCUCCAAGUAUUACGGUGGCGGCGGUGCCGGGGGUGCUGGCGGCGUCAUGUCUGAGGAAGCACUGGAGGCGCUCCGUGCUUUGGAGCAGCUGGGAGAGCGGCUAGGCCUGCAGGGUUCAGACACCGAGAAGAUCUUCCAUGGUGUGGUGGAGGAGCGGCUUAAGGAAAUGAUGAUUCCAGUGCGAGAUGCCUGGGAAGAAGCCACGUACACAAAGGAGGCACUGAUGCAGCUCAACAAAGAACGUGGAAAGGACCUUGGUGAUGACCCAACAGCAGACGGCACUGGAGCUGAGCUUGGUAUCAAGGACAGCCCUCCCCUGGAAGGCGUGCGCGGCUUCAAACUCAUGGAGGAGCUUUCGAAGGUGGCAGACUUCUACACCAGGAACAAGGUCUUGAAGGAAGACGCUGUAGAUCCGACAUCUGAAGACGAGGAUGCCUGGGCUGCCGCGUAUCCUGUUCAAGUAGGCAAGUGGAUCGAGGACAAAAACAAGGAGGAGAUGUAUGGCAUCUUCGUCUGGAACGCAAUCACCUGCCAGGACACUGCUGCAAGAGACAAGUGGAAUGCAGCAAAAACAGUUGUUGGUGGCAUCCUGGGCCUGAGUCCGAAGCUUCAGCAGAAGGUGCUGGUGCGAAUGGUGUCCAGAUGGUGCAACAUGUUCAUCAAAAGCAAGGUGCAGGAGCAAGGGGAGCUGAAGAAGGAUGACGUGUCCAUGCUCACGGAUUGGGCACCAAUGUUCUUUGGCAUUGAGAAGGAUGUUACCAUGGACAUGGUACAGGCUGCCAACAAGAGUCUUCUGCAGAACAAGGUGCUCAAGAUUUUGAACAAGCCCUCUGUGACACCAGAGGAUUUGAGCAAGCUGCGGGCAGAGGUUGAGGAGUGGGACCUCGAAGUCGCCAAGGACCUUGAGCUCUCCAGACCUCAGCUUCGGUCUCUAUUCAAGGUGGAGGUUGCGUCGGUGGUUGAGGACCCGGAUCUCACCGACGAGCAGAAGGUGGAUGGCAUCGAGGCUUCGAGAGAAGCGUUUGGACUGGCGGAGAAGGAGGCCAUGUCCGAGAUGCAGGAUUUGAUCAAGAGCCGGUGUCGUUCCUGCCUAGUCAAUGCUUCCGGCGACUUAUUGCAGGAAAACGAGGCUGCAGCAGUUGAUCAAAUGCAGAGGCUGGAGUUGCUAGCGGCUUUUGGGCUAUCAGCUGGCGUUGAGUUUCAAGAUGACUGGGAAGUUGCGCCUGCCAUGAGGCAAAAGCUGUUGAAGAUUUAUACGUCUGGCUCGAAAGGGAGAGCUCCCGACACGAGGAUGCUGGAGCGUGUGCUCAGCCUCGUCCAUGCCUGA